GCUUUCAUUUACCCAGAACCUUACGGCGUGGUGUUAGUGAUAGGUCCCUGGAACUACCCUCUCUUGAUCAGUUUAUCUCCUAUGGUAGGAGCUUUAGCAGCGGGAAACUGCGUGGUAGUUAAACCUUCCGAAAUUACAUCAAAUUUCGCCCAAAUCAUCGCAAAAUUAUUCCCGAAAUAUCUGGACUCGAACUGCUAUCACGUAGUGACUGGUGGUAUUCCAGAAACCACAGUUCUGCUGGAACAAAAGUUCGACUACAUCUUCUACACCGGUUGUUCUAGUGUGGGGAAGAUAAUUCAAAAAGCGGCAAGCAAAUUCUUGACCCCUCUCACUUUGGAACUUGGAGGGAAGACUCCGGUUUACGUGGACGAUAGAGUUGAUGUAAAUUUGGCCGUCAGUAGGAUAUUGUGGGGGAAAUGUAUCAACGCUGGUCAGAGUUGCGUAGCCCCAGAUUUUAUACUGUGCAGUAAGGAAAUGGAGAAGAAGUUCAUACAGGCGGCAAAAUCGCAAAUCAAGACUUGGUUUGGAGAUGAUGUUAAAGAAUCUCCGGAUUUUGGAAGGAUCGUGAACGAUAAUCAUUACCGGAGGAUAGUUAAGCUGAUGCAAG